AUGCUAAAUUGACUAAAGACACAGUAAUAUACAUGCUAGGCAAUCUUAUUGUGAUUAAGUUAGUCAUUUUAUUUCAAUUUAGCCGUGACUUUAUUAGAAUUUUACACAGUUCUGUAACGGAAAGACGGGAUCAAGUUGAGUGGUACCUGGCAACCCACUUUUAUCGAGCUAACCUGGCAACACCCGGCAGUCGGCGUGCUCUCUCUGCUGUGACUGAGGGGAAGAUGGUGGACCUGGAGACCGCAUCGUGUUUCGAACUUCGGCCCAAACUCUUUGAGAAAUGCUCACAUUGUCAACCCGGUGUUACGUAUAGAUUACCAGGGGAUAAUCAUAGAUAAUACAUCGAGGACAACUGUUGAUUUGGUCUCUCCUUUGGUUUAGACUUCUCUCCCCUGGUGGAAGUUAGCUUGAGUGCUGUUCUUGGAUAAUCAGCAUUAUUUUUCCACCAAAGAGUGUGGAUUUGUGUUUUGAACUAUUAUCGUGGGAAGCAUCAACACCACCCAGAUGUCUCCACGCCGACUGUAGAACCAGAGAGGAGCUUUUAAUAGUCGGCUAAAAGUAGGCUAACGUUCGUUAGGUAGCCUAUCCUAGCUAACUAACCCCCAGCUGGCCGGCCGCUCGAAGGUGCUCGCCAUGCCGCGGAUUAAAAAAGGGAAACGUGGCUCCACGAAAGCGGGAUCUUUGCGUCAGGAGGUUCUUCAACUGCAGCUGACAGCUAAAGCCUCCCUGAAAGGUGCCAAAAUUGGCAACAAGGCGGAGUCAGGAGCCAGCGAUGAUGAGCUGACAUCGGACAUCCUCAGCCACUACAGCAGCGCCAGUGAAGGCACCUCUGUGGCAGAGGAGGGCGUAGGUGGGGAGCAGGUGGACGAGCAGACAGCCCAAGAGGAAAUGGAAGACAAACUCAAACAGUGCAUCGACAAUCUCACUGACAAGAGUGCAAAGACAAGGCUCGCAGCCUUGGAGUCCUUGUGCCAGGCCUUCUCCUCCAAAGUCUUGUACGACUUCCUCACAGAGAGACGUCUCACGGUCAGCGACUGCCUGGAGAGGAGCCUCAAAAAAGGCGGUGGAGAGGAGCAGGCGUUGGCGGCCACCCUCUUUGCCUUGCUCUGCAUCCAGCUGGGUGGAGGAGAUGAGGCGGCCGAGGUCUUCAACAUGCUCCGCCCCAUCAUGACCACUAUCUUGAUUGACAGCACUGCCAGCAUGACAGCACGUCAGAGUUGUGCCAGAGCUUUGGGGAUGUGUUGCUAUGUCUCUGCUGCUGAAGAUGGAGAGGACUUGAUCAAGUCGUUGUCCCUCCUGGAGAGCGUCUUCAUGUUGUCUUACCCCAACAGAGAAGGAGCAAUGCCCACGCCUAAACCUGGCGGUCCAGCUCUCCACAGCGCCGCCCUGCAGGCCUGGUCCCUGCUGGUCACCCUCUGUCCUGCAUCCAGACUCUCUGUCCUCCUGCACCUUCACCUCCCUAAGCUGCAAGCGUGCCUGCAAAGUAGCGACGUCAAUUACAGAAUCACUGCGGGAGAAACCAUCGCGCUGCUGGUGGAGCUGGGGCGGGAAAUAGAUGAGGACUUUGAGGUGGAGGAUGGAGAAAGCUUGUGUGAAAAUCUGAAGAGUCUAGCCACAGAUAGCAACAAGCAUCGCGCCAAGAACGACAGGAGGAAACAACGCUCCAUCUUCAGGGAGGUUCUACACUACAUUGAGAAUGAAGACUUCACAGAGGAGAAGAUCAGGUUCGGAGUGGAAAGUGUGUACAUCGACAGCUGGAUGAGGAGAAGAAUCUACGAUGCCUUCAAGGAGAUCCUGGAGUCUGGAGUCAGGCACCAACUGCAGUUUAACCCACUGCUGAGGGACAUCUUUGGUUUAGGACCUCCCAUCAUCCUGGACACCACCCUCAAAGCCAACAAGAUCUCACGCUUUGAGAAGCAUCUUUUCAACUCGGCCGCCUUCAAGGCCAGAACAAAACAGAGGAACAAAGUACGUGACAAACGGGCCGACGUCAUGUGACAUGACUGCCGUCGACUGCUUUCAAGCCGCGCGUGCUCUGCAAACAAACAACGUCAAAACCUCGUACCCGCCAUUACGCUCUCCACAUUCAAGAUGGCUGACGCUACAGUUUGGACCACCCUUGUAAGAAAUAACAUGUUUGCCUACAAGAUUGAUGAAGACGGUGUUAUUGUUACAUACUGUGUAACAAUACUUUUUGCAGUAUUUCUCAAACUGGAUAAAAAUGUACUGGGAAGCAACAACAUGUUAGAUUUGAUGGAAGGGAAAAUUCUAGGGUAGUUAACAUUAAGGCUGUUAUAUUGAUGUGGUUUUUAAUUGGUGCUAAUGCUAACUAUGACAUCCCCCUCCCACAAAUAUUCUUGCAUCUCAUUGUGUCUUAUUGCCAAAAACUACACCAGCUCAUGUGUGUACUUUUAUUUGAAGUUUUUGCAACACUUUUGGAAUAAAACCUGUAAGUAUAGAAGCCUAAUUACAAAAAACAACCAUUUUUUGUACUGCUAUAUUUUUUAAAAAGGAAGGAAACAAACAUUUUAAAUUGUAAUUUAUUAGAGUAGAAGUUGUCAUUUGUUUUAGUUUUAAGAGAAUGCAAAGUGCUGUUUACAGACAUAACUAUGGGAAGAAGAUGAAUUAUUGGUUGUUUAUGCUCUUUUAAAUUAUAUUUUAUUGUAUGUAAUUGCAUGAUGUACAUCGGGAUGUAUCAUAAGAGGUGUUAUUUGAAUCAUUAAAGGAGUGUUUGGAGUAUACAAUGCA